GCGAGUGGGCAGCGGAUACCGGUCUGCGGCCCAGGAGCUAGCGCUGGUGCUGGCCCAGGAGAUGUUCGGGGGGCUGGUGCAGCUGGUGGUGGAGCUGCUGCCUCACCACGUCCACCACCUUCCUCACCACCACCAGGACCAUCACCACCACCAUGGUCACCAGCCCCCAGCCGCCGUAGACCCACACAGGCUCUUCUCACCCACUCUGGCCUACUUCAUGCCCCCACUCAAGGCCUGGUGUGACUGGCUGUUGUACCACAGCUCUGUCUGGAAUCCGCCACCCCCUGCCCUCGAGUACUGCUCUCUGCAAGGACGGGCGGACACCUGGAGGAGCGUGGCGGAGCUUGCCACCAUCAUGCGAGGCUUUGGGGCUCCUGACGUGACGCUGACGGAAGCGUCGACGGCUGGCGGCGGCGGCGGGAGCUUGGACAUGGUGCCCCUCAAACUCACCGAGGACGCGUUCCUCAGGGGAUACGAACCCUUGCUUCCCGCCCACGCAACCGUUACAUAUGCCGCCCUCAACUCUCACACGGGGCGGGCGUGCGACUGGGCGCGGGUCACGCGGCUCCAGACCUGCUUGUGUCAGUUCCUGUGUGGGGUCGACCCUCCUGUCCUCCGACUCCAGAAGACUGAUCAGGGCGACGUCCUCGUCUCUAUUGUUGAUACCUCGCCGCCUGACACUCCAACUGCCGCUAGGCUGUCGUUCAGCGCGUCGGAUGUGGAGGUUGAGGACUCGCUGAGUGAAAGUGACGCCUCGGAGGUGGAGGAGGAUAUGGAGGUGGAGACGGCGGAGGAUGACACGCCUCUGGCAUCCACCGUGAAGCUGCUCACACACAGGAAGAAAGUGCUGGAGAGGAAGCAGAGGCAGCAACGCAAGCUACAGAGCCUGCUGGAGGGGUCAGUGACACUGGAGAUGGAGGUCCGGCCGCGGUACCUUGUGCCCGACACCAACUGCUUCAUUGAGCACCUGGACGUGGUGCAGGCCCUCGUCAACAGCGCCCCCUACACCGUCAUGGUGCCGCUUGUGGUGUUGAACGAGCUGGAUGGUCUGUCGCGCGACGCUGCGGUGGCCAAGUACGGGUCCGUGGGGCAUGCGGUGCGGGUGCGGGAGGGCGCCGCAGCCGCCCUUCACUACCUGCGGGACACCAAGCCGCAGUCGCUCAAGUGCGUCACCUCCCAGGGCUCCGUACUCUCCUCCACCACCUUCACCGCUGAGAUCGACAUGCUGGACGCCACCAACGACGACAAGAUUCUGUCCUGCUGCGUUCACUUCUGUAGUGACACCACUCAGCGUCGACCAAUCAGAGCUGGUGUGCGGAGGCUGUACAGGGAGGUGGUGCUCUUGACAGAGGACCGCAACUUGAGAGUGAAGGCUCACGCCCGCGACGUCCCCGUGCGCGACUUGCUGGACUUCGCGCACUGGGCGGGGGUGAGGUGAGGCGUGAGGGCGGCGUAGCGAGCAGCUACCCCCACUCACCGUGCACCAAGCUAAGCCCACUCCUCUGCUCUCAUCUCUGGUGUCCCUCAUUGAUGUCAGGCAGAUGACACGGAGGACUCCGGAGUGAGCCGACCAGCCACCGGCCAGGCCCAAACGUCUCCGUCUACUUGUGUUACACACCCAACCUUUGUUGUGAAGGCAAACUUUGAGUCAUCUCGGACUCUGAGACUCCAAGAAUUUAGAUAUGUUAUUAUUUUAGACAUUUGAAGGAAGAAUUGAUUUUUUUUUGGUUUUCUUCAUUUUCAUGAUCAUAGGGACAUCUUUCAGAAUGUUUCAUAUGGAAUUGACAUUAAAGGUUUUGCCAGCUUAUCAAAUAUUAUGUCGAG